AUGUUACUGUGUGUCUUUGGGGGGGGGGGGACGACGCGAGGACCGAGUCUGGGAAACCCUGUAACUACACCACCAGCACAGUGGGCGGGGAGACGGCAGGAGAUCCUGGAGGCGAGAGCGGCGCAAAUUGCGCAACGAUGGAUAACUGACAUUUUUACGCGCGUUCACACCACCUGCGACGUUCCCGAACACGCAGUUUUUGGACCAUGUGAGCUUAAUCACACCUCUGUUUAUGACAGCAUCGCCUUCAUCGCUCUCAAGUCUAUGGACAGAAGAUCGGCACCAUACAUUUUAAGGGUGGACACCUCAGCGCACAAAAUGCCCACUGACGGUCCGAUGUGGCUGCGGCUCGUCCAGUCAGCCCGGAGCAGCGAGGAACAGAACCUGGAGGCCUAUGUGAAGAACGGACAACUGUUCUUUAGAGCCCUCAGGACGAUCCAGAAGGAGGAGGAGCUUUUGGUGUGGUAUGGGAAAGACCUUGCCAAGCUUCUUCUACUGAACCCAUUGCAGAUGCAAAGCAAAGGUGCUGGUCCAUACACAUGUACAAACUGCAACCAGGGCUUUGAGUCUGAGUUCCCUUUCCUGGCACAUUGGAGAUUCCUUUGCACACAGAGACAACCAAACAGUCACACCACCAAACCUGUUCAAGACAACACCAACCAUGUGAAACCUGGCUCCCUUCCCGUUCCUGCCUUCAAACUGAGCCAUCCAGAGACAAGUCCACAGGAUGGAAAACCUGCAACAGACUUCCACAAUCUAGCCAGGGAUAUGGAGAAUACCAGUAAUAAGACAGGCUUGUCUGGUACCAGGUGGGCAGGGAGUGCCCUCAAAAGGAAACACACGGAGGAGAAUAGGAAUGGCCCACAGCCUUUAGUCAUAAAGCAGGAACCACUGGAGAGAGGUUACUGUACUUUGAACUUGAACCAACAACCUAGCCCGGUCACCUGUCACCUGCCCACCAAUAUAAUAAGGAGCACCUUCACUAAAGACAGAACCGCUCAACUAAAACCACAACUGAAGACCUCAGGGCCAGAAGACAUCAGAUCCAACCCACAGAACCAGAGCAUUCAGCCCGGAAGUGGCCCAGCAGUGGAGCAGAGUGACUCAAAGAAGAAGGCUCUGAAAGACACUCUGUCUCUAUCUCCAUCCCGCUCUGAGGAAACCUCCACUAACUCUCCUCCCUUCACCUCUGCCUUCAACCAAGUCUCUGCCUCGGAGAACAGGAGAAGUGCCUUCUCCCAGCCCCCACGCUCUGUUCCACUUCCCCAGACUACCCCCCUGCCUGAGAGGGCUAAAAUCUCCAUUACUACUCCCUCUACUGCUCUCAACAGACCUGUGCUGGUCCAGGGUGUUUUGAAACAGAGGCACCCUCUCUAUAGCCCAGCAGCUCUCUGGCCCUGGACCCCAGGGAGACCCCUGCAGGUCCCGAUCCCCCCCUCCCCGGUGCUCCUGUCCCCUUCCGUCUCACGACUCUCGCCCCUCUGCCAGCCGGCUCAGAACUGGUGUGCCAAAUGCAACAUUUCCUUCCGUCUGACUUCAGACCUGGUGCAGCAUAUGAGGUCUCACCACAAGAGGACGCUGGAUGCCACAGGAUCUGCGUGUGGGGCGAAACAACAGCAUCACAGGGAGAGGGAAGAGAGGCUCAAGUGUUCCAUCUGCAGCGAGGUCUUCAGACAACGUCAUCACCUCGCACGUCACUUGACCUCUCAUACAUGAGUUCAGUGAGUUCUUAUCAUUAGUAAGGUAUAAUAUUCAUAUUGAUGAAGAUACUAAUGGGGACCUAAUUAAACACAUGCACUAACUAUUAUGUAAUUAUUAUAAUGUAUAUUAACAAUGCAAUGACAUUUUAUUUGAAACAUGUAUGAGUCUGCUUACAUGUAAAGCAUCAUUUUCUCCCCUUAGAAAUAGUUUAGAUUUUUUUUUAAAUUCUCAAUUCAGUCAAAUGUGACAUUUUUAGUAUACUAUUUAUUUUCUCAUUAUUUUACAAUAAAUUCUUGUUUUUUACAACAUUACAA